AUGGUAAAAUUUCUACUGCUGGCUUUGGCAUUUGGCCUGGCUCAUGCGGAGAUUGAAGGAAAGUGGGAUACCAUUGCCAUUGCUGCUGACAAUGUGGACAAGAUAGAGGAAGAAGGACCUCUGAGACUCUAUGUUCGUGAACUUACUUGUAGUGAGGGAUGUAAUGAAUUGGAAGUCACAUUUUAUGUCAAUGAGAAUGGCCAAUGUUCAAAGACCAAAAUCACUGGGUAUAUGCAAGAAGAUGGCAAGUACAGAACCCAGUUUGAAGGUGAUGUUAGAUUUAAAUCUGUGCAUGCAACACCAGACAAUAUAGUCUUUAUCAGUAAGAAUGUGGAUCGAGCUGGCCGGACAACAAAUCUGAUUUAUGUUGUUGGAAAAGGUCAACCUUUGACUCCUGUACAAUAUGAAAAACUUGAGGAAUUUGCCAAGGAACAGAACAUUCCAACAGAAAACAUUCAAAAUGUUCUGGCUACAG